GCGAACUAAAUACCAAUGACAACAGUCAAAGUGACACCCACCCACUCAUUCAGUCACCCAGUGGGUCGGGCUGGCCUGCAGCCCCCCCGCGCUCACCCUCCCAAUGACAAACCCCAGUGUCGGGAAGCGCGAGCACCCGCGGGUUGCUCUGACCUUCUCUCCUCAUACCUUUCUCACGUCCUACCCCGAGGAGACGGGCACAAGCUAGGACUCCGCCCAAAGGGGUCCUUCAGGACAGGGGCAGCCAUGUCACAGUUCUCCACCAUGACGACCAGGGAGAGGCAAAUGCAGGCGGCGGCAAUCUGCAGGGAGGUCGAAGCCCAGGAAGACAUAGAGAUGGAUCUUGGGAAGAAAAUUAACAUGCCAAAGGACAUCAUGCUGGAGGAGCUGUCUCUCGCCUCAAACCGGGGCUCCCGUCUUUUCAAAAUGCGACAGCGACGCUCAGAGAAAUACACUUUUGAGAGCAUCCAUAAUGAGAACAACAAACAGCUCAAUAGCCUGGCAGUUGCUCAACCCGAGAAUGGGAGCGCCACGGACAACCCCGGGGGCGAGAACAGCGCUGAUGCUGACCGACCUCCUGCUGUGCCGUCUGACACACCAGAUACAAGCGUGGAGCCAAAUCCAGGCCGCAUCGCCCCGGGGUACGGAGGUCCUCUGAAAGACAUCCCUCCGGAGAAGUUCAACAGUACAGCUGUACCAAAGUCAUACCACUCACCCUGGGAGCAGGCCAUCAUCAGUGACCCGGCCCUGGCUGACAUGCUCACCACCAAUAUGGCGGAGCCGGAACCCAGAACGGACCUACCCGGAUACAAAAGCUUCAACAGGGUGGCGACCCCCUUCGGCGGUUUUGGCAAAGCACCUAGACCUGCACCCAUCAAGCCCCUCCUGCAGGAACCCCUGCCCAACUACCCCGAGCUGCAGGGGGACACGGCGGCCGAUCGACCCUCCUUCAACAGAUCUGCUCUGGGUUGGGUGUCGAACGGCGGUCCGAUACCGCUCACUGUCGUUUCCCUCGAGCCUGUUCUCGUCCCUGAGUCGGAGGACCUUUGAACCCCUAAUGAGGUCACACAGAGGUGCUUUCUACGUAGUUGCUGCACCAGAGGUGAAGGGUGGGCGGGGUAACGCCGCGGUGAGGAGAGAGUCAGGGAGAGAGAGAGAGAGAGAGAGAGAGAGAAAGCUUCAGGUUACCGUGAAUGCAGCAUCCCUCUGUUUUCCAGGGAUCUUGACUAUUGCACUGCUCCUAAAAAUGAAUUCAUCAUCCUGUACAGUAUGCAGAGACACUACUGGAAUAAAUGGAAUGUAUUGUAAAUGAAUGUGCAUGAGAUCAUUUUUAUCUUAUAGCAAGUUUCUGCUCAGUAAAAAAAAGUGUGGAAAGCAAAAAAGUC